AACACUUUCAGUUUUCUUAAGUUCAAAAUGUCGCCGUCCGGGCAUAAACGCGUGUUUGAUGAGGAGGUACUCGUCGAUUUGACGCAGUUUCCCGAUCGAAUCGCAGAUACAUUCGCUGGGAAAACUGUACUUGUGACAGGUGCAACCGGAUUUGUUGGUAGGGCGCUUGUAGAAAGAAUUCUGCAUAAUACAGACGUGAAAAAGGUUUAUAUUCUUAUUAAAAGUAAACGUGGAAAAGGAACACAGGAACGAUUUGCUCAUUAUUUUGAUAGCUGCUUCUUUGAUCCUUUGAAGAAGGAACGUCCUGAAUCACUUAAGAGAGUGGAAGCUAUUCAAGGAGAUUUGUCUGAGCUAGAAAUUGGAAUAUCACGAGAAGAUAGACGAAAACUAAUCGAUGAAGUGAAUAUUAUUUAUCACAGCGGUGCCAGCGUGCGUUUUGAUGAGUAUAUUAAGAAAAUGAUCAUGUUGAAUGUCAGAGGUACUAGAAACAUGAUUGCAUUGGCCAAAGAAGUCAAAAAUUUACAGCUGUUUGUACAUGUUUCUACAACAUAUUGUCAACCAAGAAAUGUAGUUCUAAAUGAAGAUGUGUCUAUAACACCUCAUAAUCCUCAUGAUAUGAUAAGAAUAGCUGAAAACAUGGAUGAAGGAACGUUAAAUAUAUUAACAUCCAAACUUGUUGGGGAUUAUGGCAAUACUUACACUUUCUCCAAAGCUUUAGCUGAAGCUAUUGUGUUUGAACAAAUGGAUAAAUUGCCAAUACUUGUGGUUAGACCUUCAAUUGUCAUGCCUUGUAUAAAACAUCCAAUACCUGGAUUUACCGAUUCUGAAUAUGGUCCAAUGUCAUUGUGGAUUCUUUACUGUAAAGGUAUGCUUCGUGUCACGAAAGUAAAACCAGAAUACGUGCUGGAUUAUGUCACUUUGGAUAUGGUCAUCAAUACUUUACUCAUCACAACUUACAACUAUAUAAAUAAUACGGAGAAAAAGUAUCGGUAUGCAACGCGACGAACAUCCAAUGGACCAUGAAAUAUUGGCAUGAAGUUAGCGUUCCUCUUUUGAAGAACAACCCUUCUCGAUUGGUCUUGGUUUUCCGUGGGUUUUCCACGUGCAAUGCCCGUUUCUCUUCUUCAUUAUGCAUAUCUUGUUCCAAUUAGUGCCUGCAGUGCUAGUUGAUAACGCAUUACAGGCUUGUGGUGUCAAAAGCAAAAGAAAACUGCUUGAUAUUCAGCGCAAGAUAACCAGAAGUAAUGAAGUGCUGAGGUUU